CGCUGUCCAUCCAUCGCCCGCUACGCCUCCUGCGUAGGACGCCUUGCGCACCCAUUCAUGCGGAAUGCCUACAAACCGCACUCCCCCCGACAUCUUCGUGACUGGCAGGCCAUCGCACUCUGACUACCGCCUUCUAACGCCUCGCACCCCACACUCCCGUGCCGGACGCGCGGAGGAAGGCUUCACCGACUUCGAGCUACAAGCAUACCAAGAUGACGAGAGCAAUGGUUGGAAGGAACAGCAGCAACAGCAGUCCCAGCCACUGCUCUCGCCAGAUUACCGGAGUCGUGGGGAUGGCGAUGCUGCUGCGAAGGGUACGGAGACACGGUCAGUCCACUAUUGGAUCCAGCUCGCGCUCUCCAAGCUGCCUUUGGUCGGAGGGGUCUUCCUGGCCUUCAUGCUCCUCGCAUUCAUUGUGGUAGCUCUAACAAGCCCUGGGAAGCUCGAUUCGACGUUCCUAGCUCCACCCGGAGAGUUCAUGGAGACGAUAGAUCGAGACUUAGUUGCAUCUACCUUCAAGGAGCCCUCCCCUUUCUCCUCAGCUUCAGGGACUGCACCUGUGCCUACGGCUUCUACUCCUAGUCAUUCGGAGCCACAUGUCCAGCUAAUCUUCUACGAAAACUAUACCCAAUUCCCUCUCACGGGCAACCAAUAUCGUGCCGAAUGCAAUAAACUCAUGGGAGGAUUCAUGUCCCAUGGCGAGUACUGGCAAUCCCUGCACGGGGAGAUGGACGUUGAGCACCACGACGACAACACUAACUAUCACCUGCCCGAAGGCGGGUUCACCAAGGUCUGCUCUAAGACCAUCACAUACCUGCUCGACGGACACGUCGGGCUUGUCGCCGACCUCGCUCUCAUGGCGCAAGCUGCGGCGAUGGCACGGGAACGAAACAGGACGUUCCUCAUAGACGACACACACUGGAAUCGCGGAAAGUGGACGGAUUACUUCCAGCCUGUUCGCGGCCUUGACCCUGGUCCAGAGCCCUUCUGUCGUGCUCCACCUCCUGAAGAACUGGUCGCUUGUCCCCGGACCGCAAGACACUGGGUGAUCAGCUCGCGCACUGCCAUGUAUCACUUUGGACACGAAUUCUUUGAAGGAUAUGAGGAUCCGUAUAGCCACCACUUGAACCGCCUGAAGCCUAUCUUCGAGCGCGCGCGCAUCUCGUUCGAGGAAGCCAUCCGCCCGAACGCGCACACAGCGGAGCUCAUCCGGGCAGCACGCACUGAGCUCCUAUCAACGCUCUCCUCGCCACCCACAUCCCCCAACCUCGGCUCCACCAACGAGCCGGCCAACCAGACAGCAGCAAUGCGCGGCCGAGACCCCGCGCCCCGCUCUGACGACACCUCGCACCCACCCCACAACAACCCGGCACCCUAUGUCGGUGUGCACAUCCGUAGAGGGGACCGCCGGCCCGCUGCCUUCUUUUUCUAUCCCGGCCAGACGAUCCCCCUGGAGAAGUACGUGACCGCCACCCGCCAGGUGUGGGACAGGUUCUACGGCAACGCCUCGUCGUUUGCCACUACCUCUGCUGGCGUCAGCCCCGCAGACAUCGGGGACGCGCACGAGACGGACCUCUCCUCGGCCCAGGAGGACAAGUACCCCGCGCCACCCGUCACUUGGCUCGCGUCGGACUCUCCGAGCGCAGUGCGCGAGUUCACCGGGAAUUUCUCGGCUGCGACGGCGAUCUUCUCGCUGAACACCAGCACGAACGCGGAGCUUAGGGCGCUGGCGCCGACAAGGGAGUACGUGCAGGGGGGGUUCGAGCUGGAGCCGGAGGAGGAAAGGGUGAGGCUGACGAGGGGGAUGGUCGUGGAUCUGGCAAUGGUGAGCGGGCUGUGGGCGUACCCUGGCGAAGUUGUCCCUGGUGCGGUUGUGUGCGCGGAAGGAUCUAACGUGUGCCGCGUGUCUGCGCUUGGAUUUGGUUUCGAGCGUGCGUUCGGAUUCGACGACGGCGACGAUCACCACGACGGUAAUCCGAACAAGGUGCGGGCGCGUUGGGUCGACGUCGACGUCGAGGCUAGGAUAGUUCCCGCUUGGCAUGCAUUCGAACUACAUUAGCAUCCGAGUAGGAGAGUCUUACGAGUACCGUUGUCUUGUGCUAUCAUAUAGCUUUGCAUGUAAUGCAUUCUCAUUGCUCGACUGAGAUAAG